AUGAUCGGCAAUAGUCUGAACUGUGGAUUCGUCGAGUCCCCGCUUAAAGCGCCACCCUUGCCUGAGCCUAUCCGCCCUACGUUGUCAAAGCCAUCAUCCCUCACUUCAGCGCUUCAAGAUGGUCGAUGGUAUACCUUUCGUGCUAAUGAACCAUUGAACAUAGCAAUUGAUUCUGAGAACGAACACUCCACCUGCUCAGGCCGGUACUUCGGCUAUGCUAUGUCUAAGCAGGAACUACACGGCCUUCCCUGGCUCGGACCGUAUUAA